AUGUCCAGCCAUACAGGAGCUACUAGCACCACCACCGCCGCCACCACCAGCAGCACAGAUGACAAGACGAUCUACAAGCUGACCUUCUACGUACCGCCCGCGAACACACAGGCGUGCCUUUCGGCGCUGUGGGCGACGGGGGCCGGGACGUGGCCGAACGACGACGGCGGGCCCGCGCUGUACACCGACACGGCGUUCAUCAGCCGUGGGACGGGCCAGUUCAAGCCCUCGGCCGCGGCGAACCCGCACAUCGGCGCGCCCGGGCAGGUCGAGUACGUCGAGGAGGAUCGCGUCGAGAUGGUGGUCGUGGGCACCCAGACGUGCAGGACGGCCGUGCAGGUGUUGAGAAAGGCGCAUCCGUACGAGGUCGUCGCGCUGUUCGUGGCCAGGUGUGAGGAUUUUUGA